CAUGGAGCCCCGCCCCCACCCUGCCGUGCCCCUUCCCACUCCCCCGGAGCCCCGCCGCCCGUCGCUCCUGGUGUCCCAGCACAGACUGUCCCCCACGGGCCUAGACAGCGGAAUCAUAAUUCCUCGGCGUCGGUUCCCGGGGGGGAAUAUUUUCGGGCCGCUCCCCGGCAGGUGUGUGAGGUGGCUGGCGGGGGCGCGGCGAGGCCGGUUCCGCUGCGGGCGGGGAAGAUGGCGGAGAGCCGGGGUGAGGUGGCGGCGGCUCCGCCGUCGGGUUCCUCUCAGGGGCUCGCCGGCAGCACCGGGACCGCGCCCCCCAGUAGCAACCCGCUGUCCCGUAAGCUCCACAAGGUCCUGGAGACGCGGCUGGACAACGACAAGGAAAUGCUGGAAGCUCUCAAGGCUCUUUCGGCCUUCUUUGUCGAAAACAGUUUGCGCACCAGAAGAAACUUACGUGGAGAUAUUGAGCGCCGUAGCUUAGCCAUAAAUGAAGAAUUUGUCUGCAUUUUCAAGCAAGUUAAGGAGGAACUUGAAAGUAUAAAUGAAGAUGUUCAGGCAAUGAGCAACUGCUGUCAGGACAUGACCAUUCGUUUGCAGGCAGCGAAGGAACAGACCCAGGAUUUGAUGGUGAAGACGACAAAGCUACAAGCAGAAAAUCAAAGACUAGAAAUGAAAGCACAAGUUACAGGUGCUUUCAUAGAAAAAUUCCAACUGAGUCCGGGUGAAAUGAACGUUCUUCGAGGCACAAGAGAUGGCCCAAUUACUGAGGAUUUUUUCAAGGCAUUAGGAAGAGUAAAGCAAAUUCAUAAUGAUGUCAAGAUUCUUCUCCGUACAAACCAACAGAGAACAGGCCUAGAAAUUAUGGAACAGAUGGCUUUGCUCCAAGAGACUUCUUAUGAGCGACUUUACAGAUGGGCUCAAAGUGAGUGCAGGACUUUGACGCAAGAAUCAUGUGACAUUUCUCCAGUUCUCACCCAGGCCAUGGAAGCCCUGCAGGAUAGACCUGUUCUGUAUAAGUACACCCUGGAUGAGUUUGGAACAGCUAGAAGAAGUGCAGUAGUCCGUGGCUUCAUAGAUGCUCUUACCAGAGGAGGUCCAGGUGGUACUCCCCGACCUAUAGAAAUGCACUCCCAUGAUCCUUUGAGAUAUGUAGGAGACAUGUUGGCAUGGCUGCAUCAAGCUACUGCUUCUGAAAAAGAACAUCUGGAAGCUAUGUUAAAGCUUGUAACUACUCAAGGUGUGGAAGAAAAUGUACAAGAAGUAGUUGGGCACAUCACAGAAGGUGUCUGCAGACCUCUGAAGGUCAGAAUUGAGCAGGUGAUCGUUGCUGAACCGGGAGCAGUUUUAUUAUACAAAAUAUCUAAUCUUCUCAAGUUCUAUCACCAUACAAUCAGUGGUAUUUUGGGAAACAGUGCAGCCACGUUGUUAACCACAAUUGAAGAAAUGCAUUUGUUAAGCAAAAAGAUAUUCUUCAAUAGUCUGAGCCUACAUGCAAGUAAGCUAAUGGAAAAGGUUGAACUCCCACCACCUGAUCUUGGCCCAAGCUCUGCACUGAAUCAAACACUCGCAUUGCUACGUGAGGUUCUGGCAUCCCAUGACUCAUCUGUUGUGCCAUUGGAUGCUCGUCAAGCUGACUUUGUACAGGUUCUGUCUUGUGUGCUAGAUCCAUUAUUACAGCUAUGUACAGUAUCUGCUAGUAAUUUAGGCACAGCUGACAUGGCAACCUUCAUGGUGAAUUCACUUUAUAUGAUGAAGACUACCCUGGCUCUCUUUGAAUUCACUGACAAACGUCUGGAAAUGUUACAAUUUCAGAUUGAAGCACACUUGGAUACGCUAAUAAAUGAACAAGCUUCCUGUGUGUUAACUAGAGCCGGUCUAAGUUGCAUAUACAAAUCUGUGCAGCAGCACAAACCAGAGCAGGGGCCCCUGGCAAACUUGCCUAGCUUGGAUUCAGUGUCACUGAAAGCUGCCAUGGUUCAGUUUGAUCGUUACCUGUCUGCUCCUGAUAAUCUGUUAAUGCCACAACUGAAUUUCCUUCUAAGUGCUACCGUGAAAGAGCAGAUAAUAAAACAGUCCACAGAACUGGUCUGCAGAGCCUACAGUGAUAUAUAUGCAGCCGUGAUGAAUCCAGCCAAUGAAUAUAAGGAUCCGGAAACCAUAGUACACAGAUCUCCUCAUCAAGUUCAGUCACUUCUCUCAUAAACUUAUUUUCCAAAUUAUGUUGCAGAACACUUACUGUAAUGUUACUUAACAUUACAUUCCCUCAAUAUUAAAGCCCUGAAUAUUUUCA